AUGGCGGACCAGUUCAAACCCCGGACGAUGAAACGCAAGAACGUCAAAGGUCUUGCGCUCAAUGCAGCCCCGAAACCCGCCGCGAAUUCCUCUGAUGGGGACGCACAGGCUCCUGGAGCGAUUGGAAAUAGCGAAAGCAACCGCACGGAUACUCUUGAAAUCGGGCUGGAGUUUCGACUAGAUCUCCGCAGCGAGGACUUGGUGACUUUGAAAGAGUUGGGCGCUGGAAAUGGAGGCACAGUCUCGAAAGUGAUGCAUGCGUCGACCAAGGUCGUUAUGGCUCGAAAGAUUAUUCGAGUCGAGGCCAAAGAGAAUGUGCGGAAGCAGAUCCUACGAGAACUCCGGGUCGGACAUGACUGCAACUGUCCUAAUAUUGUGACCUUCUACGGCGCGUUCCAGAACGAGGCAAGAGAUAUCGUUCUGUGUAUGGAAUAUAUGGAUUGCGGAUCCCUCGACCGUAUUUCGAAAGACUUUGGUCCCGUUAGGGUUGAUGUACUGGGUAAGAUUACUGAGUCCGUACUGGCUGGUCUUGUCUACCUGUACGAAGUGCACCGCAUUAUGCACCGAGAUAUCAAACCAUCCAACGUCCUCGUCAACUCUCGCGGAAACAUCAAGCUUUGUGAUUUUGGUGUCGCCACAGAGACAGUUAAUUCGAUUGCCGACACUUUCGUCGGAACCUCAACAUAUAUGGCGCCGGAGCGAAUCCAGGGAGGCGCUUACACCGUUCGGUCUGAUGUUUGGAGUGUGGGCUUGACGGUCAUGGAAUUGGCUGUAGGAAAGUUCCCAUUCGACCACUCCGAUCCAGCUGCAGGCAAUCGCGCCAGUUCAGGGCCGAUGGGUAUCCUUGACCUGCUCCAACAGAUCGUUCACGAAUCUGCCCCCAAAUUGCCCAAGAGCGAUGCCUUCCCACCCAUUCUGCAUGACUUUGUCGCAAAGUGUCUGAUGAAAAAGUCCGAAGAACGACCCACUCCUCGAGAGCUCUACGACAAGGACGCCUUCUUGCAAGCGGCCAAGCGCACACCUGUUGACCUACAAGAGUGGGCCAUCAGCAUGAUGGAAAGGCAUAAUCGUAAAUCAUAUCUGGCACCACCAGCGCCCAAGUCCCUUAAAGAGGGCACUACACCUACAGCAAGCACCCCUUCCGCUGCAAUGUCGACCCCCAUAGCUUCAGCACAAACCCCGAAGCCCGCCCCCAUCAGCAAACCAGCCCGUCCACCUCAACCCCAACAGCCUUCCUACCACCAGACACCCACAUCGGGGAGCAUGCCUCACAACGUUGCCAGUGAUGCCAAUCGUCAUUAUGGUGAAAGCCAGCAGAGCCACAAUUAUUCUUCGUCGCGCUCUGCGCGUUCCCCGCCGCCUCUGUCUCUGGAACACCUAUCGCUAGAAACCAGGAUUGACGAUGAUCGCUCCAACCGACGCCCGACCCGUCAUGUCGGCGAUCCGCUAUCUGCUGUUGAUGCUCCUUCCAGACCCUUUAUGAGCCCGCGCUCUAUCAGCUCAAACAACAACAAAUCUCAAGCCAACUUGAUCCCCGGAUCACUGCCACUCCGCCCUGCACCCCCUAGCGGGCCCCCUCCACCUGCCCCUGUCUCUACCGGGAAUUGGCGCGGUUAUCCCAGUCAUUUGCCGGGAGCAAAUUCUUAA